UAAACAGAAGUAAAGCAGAUACCAAUCACAAUGUCACUUUAACUAAUUCUCCUUUCCCCUCUACUUGAACCUGUUACUGGUAGAUACAGUCACUCACUCACAGCAGUCACAAUGUCACCAAACUGUGUGUGGCUAGUAAUUGUUGGAGGAUAUAAUGAGCUUGAAUCCCAGUUUUUUUAUAAUAGAAAAGAAGGAGUCAGAGGUUAAAUUUGUCACUGAUACUGAUAAACUAAUAAUGAUAAUUGAAUUAAUGUAUAUUGAAGCUGGUGAGUGGAUAGUACAAUCAGUACUGGAUGCUAAUGAUCUCACUAGUAAGAAAUAUCAAGAAAAGUAUUCAUCAUACAGCAAGACCAGAACAUGGUGGAUGGAUCAGCUAGUAGAAGAUCCCACAAAGAAGGAAACUGAGCUACAGAGAUACAUCCAGUUAUUGCAUCAAAAACUGGCUGAAACCAAUAAACAAGCUAAAGUUGACAAUAAUAAAUUGGAAGAGGUGUUAAAAGCACAGGUACAGUUACACAAAGAGAAACAGAUUAUCAUUGAAGAUAAUGAGAAACUUAGAGCUACAGUUGCUUAUAAUGAAGUAUUGAUAACUCAAAUAGAGGAAGAGAAGAAACAAGCGGAGGAAGAGAAGAAACAAGUAGAGGAAGAUAAGAGAAAAUUAGUGGAAGAGAGGAGACAAUCGGAGGAGCAAUAUUUUGUGGAGAAACGGAUCACUAAAGAACUUAAAGCUAAAGUUGCUGUUAAUGAUGUAUACCUAACUGAAUUAGAGGAAGAGAAUGAAAAAGUAGAGAAACAAUAUCUCAAAGAGAAACAGAUCACUGAAGAACUUAAAAGUCAAAUGACUAAAUUAGAGGAAGAGAAGGAGCAAGUUAAGAAACAGUUCCUCACUGAGAAACAAAUCACUAAAGAACUUAAAAUUAAAGUUGCUGAUAAUGAGAGGUAUACUGCCAAACUAAUGAGGAGUCAGACCAAAAACACUAGUUCCAAUGUUGCUAAUGAGGCACUGGAAGAGAAAGAAAAAAGGAAGGAGCAAUAUUUCAAAAAGAAACAGAUCAUUACAGGUAAGAGUAUUGUCAUCAUUUAA